CGGUUAUAUUUUUCAUUCUAAAAUGAAAGUUCAUGAAUGAUUUAAUCAACUCAAAAACUUUUUUUUCUUUUCUUUUCUUUAUUCUUAAUUAUGACAGGCUUAAAACGACAAAAUACAAACGAUGUUGAAAUGACCGAUAGUUCACAACCUUCUAACUUAAAACGUACUCGCUCCAACAAUGCCUCUCAGUCCAAAAAGGCACGUCACAUGUCCAACCAGAUCGUAAAGGCACCUACUCAAGUAGGAAAAGUGUUUGUCUUUGGUACAGGCGAUACUGGUCAACUUGGCUUAGGUGACGAAAUGUUAGAACGCAAGAAGCCCAUGCCUUUAAAUGCAUUUGAUGGUGAUGAGAUUGUUGACGUUGUGAGUGGUGGUAUGCAUUCUGUUGCUAUUACCAGUCAAGGAAAAUUAUGGACGUGGGGUUGUAAUGAUCAACGCGCUUUGGGAAGAUCGGGCGAAGAAUACGAACCUGCUCGUGUGGAAGGCAUGGACAAUGUAAAGAUAGUCAAAGUCGCCUGUUGCGACUCAGUCACGAUGGCAUUAUCUGAAGAAGGCAUCCUUUAUUGUUGGGGUACUUAUCGUUGUGCUGAAGGUCCUCUUGGUUUCUCUCGUAACAAGGCUGUUCAAGAAACACCUGCUGUUUUCGAACCUUUUGCCAAGGUACAAAUUGCUGAUAUUGCUGCUGGUACAGACCAUUGUUUAGCACUCACUCGUGAUGGUCGUGUCUUUGUCUGGGGUAAUGGUCAACAGUUCCAAUUGGGUCGUCGUAUCAUGGAACGCCAUUUAAUCAACGGUCUUCGUCCUGAAGCACUCAACUUAAAGAGCAUUAAGCUGAUAGGUACAGGUUCUUAUCAUUCCUUUGCUGUCUCUCAUGAUAACACACUUUAUGUGUGGGGCCUAAACAAUUUCCAACAGUGUGGUCUUGUUGAUUCAGAAGAGACAAAUGAACCUGCCCCUAAUGUGAUCACGAAACCUACUGUUGUGACAGCACUUGAGGGCAAGGGCACCAUCAAAGAUGUUCAAGGCGGUGAGCAUCAUUCGCUUGUGUUGAUGGAAGAUGGCACUAUCUAUGCGUUUGGUCGUGCUGAUUCUGAUCAAUUGGGUUUGCCUGCUGAUUUGAUUGACAAGGUGCAGACGAAAGAAGAAGGUGCUGAAGUCUCUAAUUUCAAGCGAGCUGUUGGUCUUCCUACACGUAUUCCAAGUUUAAAGGAUGUUGUGUCUAUCUCUACUGGUACAAACCAUUCAAUUGCUGUUACUUCUGAUGGGAAAGCUUAUACCUGGGGAUUUGGUGAAUGUUAUGCUUUGGGUAAUGGCUCAAGUGAUGAUGAGCCUAUUCCUACUGAACUCACUGGUCAAAAACUAGAAGGACACAAAGUCGUUCGGGUUUCUGCAGGUGCCCAACAUUCUAUGAUUCUUGCCACGUCUCAAUAAUUCCAAUGUGUAUUUUUUAAAAUAGAAUCUAUGUACAAUAAACAAAUCAAGUCUUUAUUGUUGUUGUUGUUGUUGUUGUUG